AUGGAAGCGGCAUCGUCUGUGCCCUCUCGUCUAGAGGACUACGUGGGGUUCUACGGUGACCCUUUUGUAACCCUGCACGACUUCGAGGACAGGGUCAAGCUCCUAGAAAUCAAUAAGGAACGCAAAGAGGACACUCCUUCCAAUGAACUCGAGCCUGAAACGGCCACAGUCAAGGCGGACGAUGAGGUCGACUGGUCAAGAUACAACCCGCCGGCGGCCCUAAAAACGGCGCCUAAUAUCACCAAUGAUGUGCUCCUUGAGGUCUUGCAGACCUCUAUCGAGAACAUCCAAGCAAGAGUUGCGGAAGAAAAUCAAGUGCGCCAGCUGGAAGAAGAAGCGAGACGGCGAGAAGCAGAAGCAAACAUGGCUCAAGAAGCCAGCAGCAGGAGAAGCGAGCCAUAUCUGCCCAUCAUCAUAACACCUGACGAUCCUGAGCCUCCAGAGAGUCACUCAAGCGGAAACCAACAGAAUACUAAGCUGUUUCCGGAGCUAAUGGGAAGCAGCGACGGCCGGUCGGCUACGGGACUGAUUGUACUCCCAUUCCAGCCCAAGAAGAAAAGCCGGUUUGCCUUGACCAGAAUUUUACAAAGGAUUGGCGAAAAGGAAGCAACAAGGAAACCUUUCAGGUUCGGCGGUAAUCCGAGCAAGACGAGCAUAGGAGGGUCAUCUGACGAGAACUCCACGAGUAGCAAACUCAGGAAGACAGCUACUGUCGAGUGCGUAUCAUGCCUCGACGACUUCAAUCCCAAGGAAAUGGUCAAAGUCAUCUGCCACAGCUACUGCCGCGAUUGCUUCGAGCGACUCAUCGCGACAGCCGUUCAGAAUGAGCAGCAAUGGCCGCCAAAGUGUUGUCUCAACGAUAUCCCUUUCCGCACGAUUCUGCGUUACGUCUCCAAGGACCUAGGUAAAACGUAUAAAGACCGUGCCGCUGAGUGGAAGAUCCCCGUCGGUGAGCGCAUCUACUGCAACCAGUCCGACUGUGGCCUCUGGGUCAGGCCUGACCACGUGAACCUGGGUCUCGGCAUAGCGCGCUGCGCAAACGCACACUGGACCUGCACCAUCUGCCGCGGCCCGCAGCACGACAACUCCGACUGCCCGCAGGACCGCGACCUGGCACUGACCAACGCUCUCGCCGAGGAGGAGGGCUGGCAGCACUGCUCACAGUGCCAGGCGCUGGUCGAGCACCGGGAGGCGUGCCAGCACAUGACUUGUCGGUGCGGGUAUCAGUUCUGCUACGUCUGCAACCAGAGGUGGAGAACAUGUACUUGCACGAUGGACCAGCUGAACGCCGUCAAGGCCGGGGCCGCAACAAGGCGGCAGGAGAGACUGCGGAGAGAGGCGGAGGCUGAGUCCGAGCUUCAAGACGCUCUACGACAAAUCGAGGAGUUUGAGCGUGAAGAAGCGCUGAAGGCCGAGCUGUUGAGGCAGGAGACAGAGAGGCAGGAAGAGGAGCGCAGACAGCGCGAGUUGGAAGAACGCGUACGUCUAGAGAGCCUCCGACGUCACGAGAUCGAGGUAAAGUACCAGGAAUACCGGGCGUUGCUUGACCAGGUCCAUGACCUGCAAGAAGUCCUCGUACGAUACCAGCACGAUAAAGAAAAGGAGCUCGCGUCACACGAGGCGGUGACCUCCACAGCCGAGCUCGAGGCAAAGCAGCAAAAAGAGCAUCUUGAGCUGACCGGAACGGCCUCGCAGAAGCUGGCCGCAAAGGAACAAGCCCUCGCAACCGAGUACAGCUUACGUGUGCUGGAGGAGAAGAAGACGGAGGACGCCUACCUACAACUGCUAGAAGGCUUCUUCGCCGACAAGCCGACGGGCGAAGCGCGUGUUGAGGAGCUCAUGCAGGAGUUCCGGAAGAAGAUGGAUAAGGGGUGGCGGGCGUGGGGGAGGUGGAGGAACGAGGAGGUGGCGAGGUAUAAGAUGAAGGUAGAGGAGGAGCAGACAAUCCGCGAGGAGGUCAUGUACAGCGUAAAGAUGCGGCAUGAGGAACGCAUAGACAACGAGCGGAGGGAGCUUGGGAGGAGGCAGGUGGCUGAGUUACGGUGGGUGACAUUGGUUGUCGAGGAGAGGGCGCGUGUGUUGGCUCAGAUGGAGACUACGGAGAUAGACGACGGAGGAGACAGCUUUAGUAUGAGUGGAAGCGACGAAGAGGAGGUGGAUGAGGUUGUGCCCGGUCCGAGCUGA